AUGUCUCAGGCUAUGUGGAGGCUUGCUAGAAGAAAUUACACCAAAUUCAAUCCAGAUCUUCUCAAACCUACUCGCAAUCUGCAAUUUGAUAACUCAGAUGUGAGACUCUCAACUUCAGCGUCACCGGACGAGAUAUCUCACUUUAAGGAUCUUGCACCAUCAUGGUGGGAUGUCUGGGGACCUCAGAGAAUAUUGCAUAAAAUGAAUUUGGCCCGUAUGGACUUCAUACAAAAGAUUCUCAGUGAGCAGCUUAGGGCCAGCUCCGAGACUUACGUGCCGGGAUUCAAUUUUAAAGCGUUUUUACCUCCACAGAUUUCGGGCCUGGUUGAGCAGGAACUGAGACAAGAUAUAAGGGCGCAGCUAUUCCAGCAAAAUCUUAAGGUUCUGGAUAUCGGAUGUGGAGGAGGUAUUUUGGCUGAAUCACUGGCCAGACUGCCGUUUGUUUCCAAAGUCGACGGUAUAGAUUUGACCGCUGAGUGCAUCGAAAUCGCUAAGAGUCAUGCGCAAAAAGAUCCCGCACUAAGCGGUAAACUCAACUACGAGGUCCUGCCACUCGAGGAAGUGGUUGGUACGUAUAAUUUGGUGACUUGUAUGGAGAUGCUGGAGCAUGUAGACCAACCCAGCGAAAUCCUAAGACAUGCGUGGGGCAAACUUGGCAAAGGUGGUAUCUUGAUCCUCAGCACCAUAAAUAGGGAUCCCAUUUCUUGGUUCACGACCAUCUUCAUGGCUGAGCAAGUGCUAAAGCUGGUACCUCGAGGAACACAUAACGUUUCAAAAUACAUCAAUUCCGAAGAUAUAAAACAAUGGUUCGAGGUUGAGUGUCGUGGUCAGCAUCACAUUUUGGACACUAAGGGGGCGAUGUAUCUGCCACUGACUGGUUGGGUAGCACAUGAGCAUCAUAACAUCGGAAACUAUUUCAUGGCAAUCAAAAAGAUAUAG